AUGAUUGAAUCGCACAGCACAUUGGACAUUUCAAAACGAGGUAUUCUUUCUCUGUAUCGACUCAUCCUACGAGAAGGCAAUCAAUUCCCGAACAAAAUUCAAAGAACAUUUGUAAAACAAAAAGCUGCUCAAAUGUUCCGAGUCAAAUAUGAACAUGAGGAUGAAUUAAGAGAUGCUGUGAGAUUAGCCAUGACUCAUGUGGAUAAUAUUCGGGCACAAGUUGCUUCGCACAAGUUAAUGUAUGUGGAUGAUAGACUGUCGCAAGAGGACCUUGAUAGACUGAAGAAGGAACAAGAAGAAAAGAAGACUGCUCAAUAUCGCACAGAUGAAGCACAGUGGGAUCAAUAG